AGUCAGGGAGAUUUAAGCGGAGCGCAUUCCUGCACAGCGCUCAGAGCGGAGGGACGCGCAGAGCAGCGGCGAAGCCCACACCGCAACGCCUCUCCCUGUCUUCGGGGCUCGGCGCUCGCCUCACAAACCUUAAAGCUCGGCGGAGGUGGACGAAGUGCUUGGGUGUCGGCCGGCCGGAACGCGGCGGUUUCAUGCGCAGCAGCCUCGGCUGAAGCGGCGGCGGGGGGGAUUUACGGUCGUGCGUGUGGUCGCACUGUGAGCGCCGCGAUGUCGGAGUUUCUGGUGAGUCUGCUCGGGGAGCGGCUCGUCAACAGCGAGAAAGCCGAGGUGGACGUGCAGUCUCUGGGCGCCAGGCUCUCCCUGGUCGGGCUCUUCUUCGGCUGCAGCCUGAACGCCCCGUGCAAGCAGUUCAACGGCAGCCUGUGCGAGUUCUACGGCCGCUUCAAGAAGGCGUCCGAGCACAAGGACAAACUGGAAAUCGUCUUCGUCUCUUCUGACCAGGACCAGAAACACUGGCAGGACUUUUUGCAGGAGAUGCCCUGGCCUGCGUUACCGUUCAAAGACCGGCACAAAAAGAUGAAGCUGUGGAACAAGUACAAGGUGACCAGCAUCCCUUCUCUGGUGUUUGUGGACGCGGCUACAGGAAAGGUGGUGUGUCGAAACGGUCUCCUGGUGGUCCGAGACGACCCUAAAGGCCUGGAGUUCCCCUGGGGGCCGAAGCCCUUUGCAGAGGUGGUGGCGGGGCCCCUGCUCAGGAACAACAGGCAGACAACGGACAGCAGCUCUCUGGAAGGACACUACGUGGGAGUAUAUUUCUCAGCACACUGGUGUCCGCCAUGCCGCAGUUUGACCCGGGUCCUGGUGGAAUCCUAUCGGAUCAUCAAAGAGUCGGGUCACAAGUUUGAGAUCAUCUUCGUCAGCGCCGACAGGUCAGAAGAGUCCUUCAAGCAGUAUUUCAGUGAGAUGCCGUGGUUGGCCAUUCCAUAUUCAGACGAGGCUCGGAGAUCUCGACUCAACAGACUUUAUGGAAUCCAAGGUAUUCCCACGCUGAUUCUGCUGGACGCAGACGGUCACGUCAUCACUCGACAGGGCCGCGUGGAGGUGCUAAAUGACCCGGAGUGCCAGCUCUUCCCGUGGCACCCCCGACCCGUGCUAGAGCUCAGCGAGGCCAACGCCGUGCAGCUCCACGAGGGGCCCUGCCUCGUCCUGUUUGUGGAUGCUGAGGAGGAAGGUGAACUGGAGCCAGCCAAGGAGUUGAUUCAGCCAAUCGCGGAGAAGCUCAUGGCCAAGUACAAAGCCAAGGAGGAGGAGACGCCGCUGUUGUUCUUCGUCGCUGGAGAGGACGACAUGAGCGACUCGCUGCGGGACUACACCAACCUCCCCGAGGCCGCCCCCCUGCUCACCAUCCUGGACAUGUCGGCUCGCGCCAAGUACGUCCGCGACGUGGAAGAGAUCACGCCGGCCGUCGUGGAGCAAUUUGUUAACGAGUUCCUGGCCGAAAAGCUCAAACCGGAACCCAUCUGAAGAGAGGCUUCGAGCUGGAAAUGGACUGAAAUAAGACUGUCACCCAACCCAGAUCUGUUCACACACCCCUCUCAUUCACCUUCCCCUCCUGACUGUUGGAUAUAAAAAUGUCUCCUUGCAUUUUAACAAUUUUUUUUAAGACCAUUUUCCUCUAUUCAUGGAGUCCUCUCUUUCUCCCGUGGUGCCUUGCAUAGUCCAUACAGUAAUAUAUGAGGAGAUUGUUUUUUUCUUGUCUUUUUUUUUUUUUAUACACACACAAUAGCAUUUCUGAGAUGUAGAGACAACCUGGGGAUCACCCAGAGGACCUACUUAUUAAAGCUGACGUUUUGCUUUCUGUUUUCACUGCAAGAUCCGUGUUGCUUUAUGUUCCCCCUGAAUGACGCUGAGGAAGAACGAAAUGCAGUAACUCGCCUGUUAUAGCAGAGGGUCACUUGGAUGUAGCUGUAAACCUAUUUAAAUUAAAACCACGACGGAUGCCGGAUGACUUAGACUCAUGUGGGGCGGAGUGUGUCGCCAGUUGUUAGUGGUGCUUUAGUCUCAAAGUCGUUUUGAGGAUUUUCUGUGAAGGUCCCCGAAUGAAAAAGGACAGGAUGUUUCUGAGGCCACGUAAAAAAAUAAAAUAAAAUGGCAUUUUGGAGAAGCGUCGAAUGUAUAAACUCUUAUACUCUGUUACUUCAGUCAUGACCUCUCUUAACACAUUAAAAACUCACUGGCAAGCACA